AAUGAAGCAGGAAUAAAAUAAUUUUACAUUCACUACUGUAAUCCAUCCUCCUUUUGUGGAUUAAGAAAAAUAAGAAGAAUAAUUUUAUCCAUCAAUAGGAUUUAAUUUUGCUUCUGGUGAUGUUAAACGUAAUAUAAAUAUAUAUUAAAUGUUUUAGCUGGAUGGGCUUUCAUAAGCAAAGAUUAACCACCUUGUGUUCCUUACUUUUCUUCAUACCUAAAAAAGUAGAAUGGAGCAGAAUUUCUAGUUACAGGUGGUGCUUAUUAAGAUAAUAAUAAUAAUUCAAUUUCUAGCAGUGCCUUUUGUUUUAGAAUUUAGCUUCAUGAUCAUAUGGAAGGACAUAGAAUUAAAUAUGAAUUAUGGAGAUAAGGAUUAACAAGAGAGGAUGAGGAUGGUAAUGAAAUAGAGGGAGAGAAAGUAUCUGUAAUACCUCAAAUGAAUUUUGCAAGACACAAUCACAAAGUUUUUGAACUAUUAAAACCAGGAACUACAAAUUAAUAUUUAUAUAUGGUAGUUGGAGGACAAGUCAUAAUAAGUUAAGAAGAAGGAUGGGGUAUAUUAAAUUAAUGUGAAAUUUAUGAUGAGAAAGGACCUGUAAAUUAGAAUGGAGAAUAAUAAUGGGAAGUAGUGGAAUCAAUGAUUUAACCUAGAGCUGGAUUUUCAGGAUUUGUUUUAAAUAAUAAGGUAUAUGUAUAUGGUGGAUUAACAAUUGAGAAUGAAGAAACAGUAUAAAUAAUAAUUAAAUAAUUAUUAGAAAAUACUUCAUAGCAAUAAGGUAGAAUGUUUUGAUUUAACAACAAGAAAAUGGAAAGAUUUUAAAUAUAGAUAAGGUUUGAAUGUAACAAAUCAUUUGGGUUCAUCUUGUUUACCAAUUUCAUAAAAACAUAUAUUAAUUUUUGGAGGUUCUAAUGGUGAGAAAGUUACUGAUAAAAUUGCUAUAAUGGAUGUUGAGAAAGGGUCAAUUGAAAAUAUAAAAUAAAAAACAAAAUUAAGUGUUCCAAGAGCAGGAGCUUAAAUUUUUGUUUUGAAAUAAGUUGAUGUGGCUGGUAGAUUAUUAUAUAAAAUAUUUAAUUAGAUUCUGUUUAAAAAAGAGAUCUAAUUGUAGUAUUAGGUGGAAAUUAGGAUGAAGUGAGUUUUGAUUAUUUUGCAAUAAAAGAUUGGAAUACAUAUGACAUAGAGUAUGUUGGAAAAAAUGAGUUUAAUAAUGUUUUUACUGGAGCAGUAACUGGAACUUAUAGUUUUGGUGGAAUAAAUGAUAUCAGAGGUUGGGUAAAAACGAUGUAGUACAUGCCUGUAGUGACAUUAAUAUAAUGAA